GCCUGCGCGGCUGCGACGGGUAGAGUGAGGCGCCACAUUUGAACGCUGAGCUCGGCUCCCCGCAGCGUGCGGGCUUGUGUCGCUGCCGGAUCCCGCCGAGGAAGUGUCCAAGGAGGUUUGGGCAGGCAUUCUCCAGGGAGAUGAGCAACGCAGUGAACUUGUUCGCUGGUGUCGCGUCGGAUCAAGCUUUGUAAAGUCGAAACGGGGUGUCGGUUUAUAAACAUUGAAAAAAAUGAGAUGAUGGACUGAGACUGAAAUAGUCUGUCGAAGGCAUCACGAUUGACCAGUUGAUUGUGAUCUAUUGAUUGGUGACUACUGGUCUAUAUGGUUCCACCCUGCCUUGCCGUCUGCCUGAUUUUUUUUCAAAGGGCUGACACCUUUACACUGCAAACGAAGAAUUAAAGAAUGGGAGUGACUAACCUGUGGCAGAUCCUUGACCCAGUGAAACAGCCCAUCAACCUGAGCAGUCUCAAGGGGAAAACCAUUGCUGUUGAUUUAAGUCUGUGGGUAUGUGAGGCACAGACUGUUAAAAAGAUGAUUGGUGUAGUCACAAAGCCUCAUCUUAGGAACCUAUUUUUUCGAGUGUCUUCCUUAACUAAAAUGAGAAUCAAACUGGUGUUUGUCAUGGAGGGGGAUGCCCCAAAACUGAAAGCAGACACAAUGAGUAAGAGGAAUGAACUGCGUUAUGGACCUCCUAAGAAAUCUGGAGCAGCAAAAGCAGGGAGAUCCUAUUUUAAAUCAUUCUUAAAAGAAUGCCUUGAAAUGUUGGAGUGUUUAGGAGUUCCUUGGGUUCAAGCAGCUGGUGAAGCAGAGGCCAUGUGUGCUUACCUGAAUGCAAAUGGAUAUGUUGACGGCUGCAUCACUAACGAUGGUGAUGUUUUCUUGUAUGGAGCUCAAACAGUUUAUCGCAACUUUACUAUGAAUGCUAAGGACCCCUAUGUUGACUGUUACACGAUGUCCUCUAUUAAGAAGAAGCUAGGUUAUGACAGGGAGUCUCUUAUUGGACUAGCAGUUCUUCUUGGUUGUGAUUAUCUUCCCAAGGGAGUUCCAGGAGUUGGAAAAGAGCAGGCAUUAAAGUUACUUGAGACUUUACAAGGUCAAAGUUUACUGCAAAGGUUUAAUCAGUGGAAAGAGCAGUUUCAGUGUGAUGAUACUCCAUCUUUAGCUGUUAAAAAGGUGACUCAUUGUUCUGUGUGUCGUCAUCCAGGAUCACAUAAGGAACAUGAGCGCAGUGGAUGUAAACUCUGUGGAAGCGUUAUGUACUGCGAACCCCAUGAUGUUGAGUUCUGCUGCCCCUGUGAAUGGCAUCAUUCAGAGCAAGAGAAGAAGGCAAACAUGGUGGAGGACAAUAUCAAAAAAAAAGCGAGAAGUUGUGAAGACUUUCCAUUUUAUGAGGUUAUCCAAGAAUUUCUUGUCAACAAGAAUAAAUUGAGUAAGAUAAUGGAGUGGCAAAGGCCGAAUUUAUUAACUUUUCAGACAUUUGCUUUUGAAAAGAUGGAAUGGACCAGACAUUAUGCUUGUAAGAAACUGUUAGCACUGUUGACACACUAUGAUAUGGUCAAAAGAAAGUCUGGACAAACAGAUUUAAAUCAGCUGCAAGCAAUACGGAUAGCCAGAACCCGUAUUAAAAAUGGGAUUCCUUGUUUUGAAAUUGAAUGGCAAAAACCAGAGUAUUAUGUUACUGAGGAUGAUCAGCCCAUGGAGUCCUUUGUGGUUACAGUAGAGGAAGAAUCUUUGUUUCAGGCUGCUUAUGCUGAUGUUGUUGCUCAUUAUAAAAUGGAAAAAUUAGAAGUCCUGGAAAAGAAACAGAAAAGUAAGAAACAUAAACUAAAGGAGAAAGGACUCUCAACUGUGGAUGGUGAAAUUAUUGAUCUUGUGUCUCAGAUGAAUUUGCAAUCUUCUAAACAGGAUUUCAAGUUGGAUAGUAAAAUGCUUUCUGAUAGUUAUUUACAACAGAAAAAUACCUCCAGAUCUGAAGACCUAUUGUUAGCUACAAAGCCUUCCAUUACAAACGUUCAGAUAUCAAAACCAGCAUCUAUGCUUUCUCCAACUUCUACAUCCAGCUGUCUACAUCAGAGUGUUUUAGAUGAUUCUCUUAUAUUAUUGUCACCAUCAUCUUGUGUUUCCUCUGUAAUAGCUGAUCUACAAUUAAGUGGCAUUGAUUGGGAAGGAACAUCUUUCAGCACUUCACCAGUCUAUGUUGAUGGUACCUGCUCAAUGACUGAGAUUGGUGCAUCUAAUAAUGGCAUAAGCCACUUACAUUCAUUACAGAAUAAAAUAGUUGAAAACACCUCAAAAUAUUCUGAUUCUCUACAACCUGACCAAGAUCCUUGCAGAAGCACAGAUUGUUUGGUUUCAAAUUGUACUGAUCUGGUAAGACAUCUUCAACCACUGCCUUUAAGAGAGCGAAUACUUCUGAAGACUUCUGUUCAAUCAAACACUUCAUUUUCUCAGAACAUAGUACAAUUUAAACCUUUGCAACAAAUGAAAGAGACCUUGUUUUCUGAGAGUGAUUCUAGUUCUCCUUCAGAUCAGUUAAACAAUACAUCACAGGAAACUCAAAUUGUGUUUUCAGAAAAACAGCAUGGGGGAUCCCUAUCACAAAAUUAUCAGGAAUGGUACAGAACUCCUGAAAAUUUAGUGCAAAAAUAUCCCAAUCUAAGCAGUUUGAAGUCUAUGGAUAUGAAAAGCCAUGAAAAUAAAACUUCACACUUUGAGAGCAAAACACUGAAGAUCUCUUUUACACAAACAAAGCCCACAAAUUACUCUCAGGUUAGCAAGCUUUGUACGCAAGCAUCUCGGAAAGCUGUUAAAAAGAGUGUGUGCCAGGUGGAAUCCUCUUUGAGUGAGGACAGUGACGAUGGGAACACAAAAGUUAAAAAACAAAUCUCUAAAAAAUGGAGAAGACAACGGAAGCCAGUUAAUCUGAAGGAAAAUGCAAGGGAUAAGCAAGAGAGUGCUUCUGCCAGCAGUGAAAACAGUGACAGAGACUCAGAUCUUACAACUGAAUGGUUAAAAGAAGAAACCAAUUUAAAAAUAACUGACAAUAAUUUAUCAACAGAAACGUCUCUAAAACCUGAGCUUGUAACUGAAGAUAACAGUUUCCAGGGUCCCGUACAAACUUUUACAAGGCUUGGCUCCUGUCCUCUGCAGCAAAGCAAAAUCAGUAACUGCGAUGUGUGGGUAGACAGUCCCCUUCCUCUAUCUGAAAGGCUCAGACUUAGGUUCAAAAACAAUUAGAACAUCAUACAUGAGGCAAAUUACACUUUAUGCAAAAUUUUUGUCUUAAAUACCUUUCCACAGUUCCUAUAAUAUUGUUUUACAUGAGGUCACAAGACCGUGUAUUGCUAAGCUGACAUAGUUACAACUAAUAGCAUAUUCUGAACACUUGGCACUAGAGUUUGGAAUGAAAACACUACCAAAAAUAUGCAACCCCUGGCAUACAAUUGACACACACUGGAGUCCCAUUUAUGACUAUACUGUUUUCCUUCCAUAAACACUAUUGCCAUGAUCUCCAACAUUCGAUAUUGUAUUCUCAAGACAGUAUAAAGGGAUUUUUAAUACCAUUUGUAGCAGGAUUCGUGGUGCUCCUGCUACUUUAAGAGAAGGCAGGCAGCAUGAGAAGCAGCUUGCAGGUGUAGCAGGGGCCAAUUAGACAGUCACCUGAUCAGAAGGGGGCUGGACUUGAAGCAUAUAAGCCCAAGGUCUAAACUGGUUAGGCAGUCUAGCCUGGAGAGCUACAGAGAGCAGAGCUGGGUAGCAGGGUUUCUAGUUAACAUCUGAACUGGAAUAGCAUGAGUAGGGUGAACAGCUCUGGUAGUUUGUGGAAGGGACUAAGGAUAGAUGGGGAGAUCUCAGCCGGACCAGGGAGAGAUGGCCCAGGAGGCUAAAAGGCCAGAGAGAGUGAGGAGGGCCUGGGGAGCAGAUAGGGCCAGGGUGCCCAUAGGUCUUGCUGGCCUAGGAGCUGGGCCAGGGCUCAGGAAAGGCCAAGAGGGCCACAGCUAGAGACUUGCAGGGCUGGAGAGCCCAUGGGUCUCGACUGACCUAGGAACAGAGCCAGGGUCUAAAGAGAAGGACUGAAGGCCAGGAGACCAAGAGGGCCAGAGUGCCUGUAGCUCAGAGAGGGCCUGAUGUAAGGACAAACAGAUCCAGGAGCCUGUAGCCUGCAGGGGCAGCUAGCGUGUGUGACAUCUGCAAGGAAUGUGUGUGGGUAUUGGGGAAGACAGAGCCCACAUAAUUAGCCUUUACAGCGAUUAGCAUGGACAUCUGUGUUCAGUAGUGUGAGACCAGGCUUGGGAAGCCUUGGGGCAGUCAUCAAGAUGUGGAGAAGGGGAGAUUGCCUGAAGAGAGUCAGGUUGACAGGUGUGGAGGGGGCUCCAGGGGCAUCAUAGCCACCCCUGGAGUGGGACACUGUUACACCAUUAAUUUCUAUUUUCAGAGAAAAUGUCAUAAUACAGUAAUAUGUUAUGCAACUAUCCAAAUACUUAGAUGCCAGUGAUCUUGAUCACAUCUGACGUAAGAUAUAUUCAACAGAUGUGCUUGUUGAAUCUUCCUUGAUCUGGCACACCUUAUGAAAAAUUUUUGAAGGUAUGCUACUUCCACAGAAGGGAGUGGGCUUUUUAAGAGCGAUUUAUUUCUGUAACUUGUCAUUUCUAGCCUUUUACCUACAUUUGAUUAGUAUACUAAAUAUAUUUUAUAGCUAGUAACAAUUUUUGCUACAGAAAAAGAAGCAAGAUCUCCAGGUUUGACUUCUUUGUUUUGUUUUUUAACUUGUGGUAGAAAUGAAAGUUCUGACAUUCUAAAUCUCAGUUUUGCUGUUGUAGCUUCCUUUACAAGCAUAUUUUAAACCUUUAUUUUAAAAAGUGUUGAAAAUACUCUUUUGAAGGUAUAUCUAACUAGGAUACUAAAAUCCAGCUAUUACCAUUCUUUAAAAAAACAUAGAACCACUGAGCCUACAUAUGCCAAAAUAUGUACUGCUCCCCUGACUUGCCGUGGAAUUCCUAUUGGCUGUCCUUUAUCGGGAUACAGUACUUACAGAGUAUCUCAUUUAAUUUACCCCCUUUGAAAUAUAGUUCUUUUCAAUAUUCCUGAGGAAAGAGGGGGGAAAUAGCUAAUUGAUAGUAGGACCUAUGUUAAUCCUAUUAAUUGCAGGUCUGCCAAUACUGGAUUUUGUCCACAGUCAAGCUGACUUUCAAGUUAGGUCCUGAGAGGGGGACAGCUUGAGCUGUCUGGCCUCCUCUUCCUCAAUUUCCACUUCACAGAUUCUUCCAGGUCAGUUGUUUCCCUUCUAUCCAAGUAAUUCUGUUAAACUUGGUUCCAUAUUGGGCACUUUCCAAGGAAAGUAGUCCACAAUCCUCCUAGCCUAAUGCAGUCUUCACCGCUCAAUCUUAUCAAAUGGACAGUUUCCUGGGUUUUCAGCAUCUGACUGGUUCAUUUGGUCCAGGCCUUUCAGAUCUCGGUGAAAACAGUGAGUCUGCUGGUCCUGAUUGAUGUACUGCACCAUUCUAGUUAUAAUGCAGAAAACUUGCCUAUCAACAAGGCACUGAUGGACUCACCCAAGUUGGCUGGGAAGACUUCUCCCUCUUGUUUUGCUUCUGGAGGGAGUAGGCAGAAAAUAUUGAGUCCCCUGUAGUAGACUGAGCACUUUAUACCCAUUCAGUAUCCUUCUUCCUGGUGGCAGCUGUGGCAGACAGUCAGGCAGCUACUCUCUACUCCUAGAGAAAAUAGGCCAAGCAUGUUCAUACCUUUGAUCACAAAAUUGAUGGUUAGCCUUCAGUUCUGAAUAGCUAAUUGCCAAGCCCUUCUAACAAGAUACGACUUCCAUAUGAAUAGGUUACUUAUACAGAGGACUCAAAGGAAUCAAAAGAAGCCCUAUUAACCCUAUGUCUGAGGGGCACAUUGGAUAAAACAGCCUGGCUGUAGGCUGCAGAUGUGGUCAGUAACUGAAACACCACGAUAAUAGGUGCAGAUGUUGGAUCUAAUAUAAGACUAAAGUAUGAUAGUAUGUGCUUAAGUUUGCAUUUUAGUUGCAAGCAAUAGCCUGGGAAAGAAUAAGAAUCCAUUAAAUCAAGGCGACUAACAUUAGGCUAUGCCAAAUGUAAACUAUUGGUUUUUUGGAGUUUUUGACAGUUGUUAAAAGAAACAACUAAAGGUUUGCCUUUUGGUUACAAGAAUUGAAUUGUAUGUAGUCAGCUAGAAACUUGUUGAAAUAAUGCAUCUUUGUGACCUGAAUAUGGUAAGGCAUACCAUUACUACCAGGCUUGACUAUUUUCAAGCAGUCUGUGCUAAGCUACAGAAGUGUGGCAAAAGAAGGGGGCAUCAAAAGCCUGUUUCUGGGUGGCUUAGAAUGAACCUUUGUAGAUGUUAUAGCUAGGUUGUUCAGCAAAGGAAAGAAAACAAUACACCCAGUGAAAGACUUAACAGAAGGCAUUAUAAGAGAGCCUUUAAGUACCUUAUAAUUUUAAUUGAGAAUAUUAGUAGAAAUGAUUGAUGUAAUCAUGGGCAUUGGCUAGUUUUAAAGUUUCUUUGGUAAGUUAUAAAACAAAGCAGACUUCUCAGUGCAAACUAUAGAUCAAGAUGGAAAAAAACUCAGGAUAGUAGCAAGCAGCAUUCCAUGACAGUGGGGAGGGGAAGAAGAAAUCUUCCCUUCAAAAUUGUAAUUUUCAAAAGGCCAUAACAGGACUGGAUCAGUUCAAGUCCAUAAGUUUUAAUAAAACAGACAUUUGGAUAAAACCAAUCAGAGAAUGUAUCUUUAGAAUAUUAAAUAAAGCCAUAUAAAAUAUAGGUUAUAGACUAGCAGGAAAAUUGAAAAAGAUCUGCUAUCCAUGUGCUACCUCCCUCCUAAACCUCCCAGCUGGAAUAGGUAAGAACCUGUAACAUGCUGGUUGUGUGUUGCUAGAUAGACAUUGCAAUAAUGGUUUGUUCAUGUGCUUUUGGGAUGUGACAAUGAAAAGUUACAUUGUAGGUUUCGCUCUUGCCUCUUUUUUUUUCUGACUGGGUGGUGAUAAUUAACAAAAUUGUAACUGUACUUAAUUUUGUGUUUGAAGGGUAAAAUCAUUGAGGGAAUUACAGCUGUACCUUAAUUCAGAGUCUAAGCUUGCAAAAGAGGUCCUGAUCAUAGACUGUAGUCUCAUCUCUCUAAAGGCUGAAUGGGCCUGCAUUUUUGGUAAUGCUGCAAGUAGCUCUGAAAUGCAGCUAAUACCAUCUUUUGAAUAGCCAGGGCUGUGGUUCAGAAGCAUUUUUCAUAGGUACAGAGUUCUGGUUUCCCAGAGAGAUUGAGUAUUCUGGAAGAAUAAACACUGCGAGGAAAAGGAGAUAUCCCCUGCUCCAUGAAGAGAGCUUUUCUGGCAUCCAUUAGCUCAGUAAAGGGUGUGUGUGCACCCUCUAUCCAGAUAAAAUGGCUGUCCAUCCAGCUGGUGGCCCACAAGCUGUAUAGCGUACAGUUCCUAGGCUUCCACAACCUGGCUGCUGCUGCCUCACCUGGAGCAGCAGGUGGGGUCUCGGGGAUCCUUCUACUGCCCUACCCUCAGCAUCUACUGCAUACCUCUGCCCCAGAGAUGGGACAUUACAGCCCAGUGCAGCCCAUGGUGCCAGAGGAACCAGCUGCCCUGUGUGGUGUAAUGCCACAGGGGAGACCACAGGGAACUGAAGGUGAGGGGUACUGCACCACGCAGGGAGCAUCUUCCCAUGUGCAUGCAGUGCCAUAACAUGGGGGUGUCCACCUACACACACAUGCUCAGGGCAUGCAUCCAGGGGAGGCCUGUGGCCCCUGAUAGCCCUGCCUCUACUGGUGUGAGCUGUGGGGCAUGUGGCCUCUGGCUGCUUUGAAGCUGGACAGCCCUGAAAGAAAAUAUCCUUCGGGCCAAUCUGUGUUUCUGCCCAAGGUGGAGUUUCACCUCACCUAACAAAUGAACUUGCUGGACCAUUUCCCCAAACCUCACCUUAGGCAGCUGAGGUUAUUGCACGCACUCAAUAUGAGGAGAUCAUUGAGAAGAGCACAAUCAGUUCAUAGAUGCUAGGGUCGGAAGGGACCUCAAUAGAGCAUCAAGUCCGACCCCCUGCAUAGGCAGCAAAGAGUGCUGGGUUCAGAUGACCCCAGCUAGAUGCUUAUCUAACCUCCUCUUGAAGACCCCCGGGGUAGGGGAGAGCACCACCUCCCUUGAGAGCCCAUUCCAGACCUUGGCCACUCUAACUGUGAAGAAGUUCUUCCUAAUGUCUAGUCUAAAUCUGCUCUCUGCUAGCUUGUGGCCAUUAUUUCUUGUGACCCCUGGGGGCGCCUUGGUGAGUAGAGCCUCAUCAAUUCCCUUCUGCGCCCCCAUGAUGAAUUUAUAAGCAGCCACAAGGUCGCCUCUCAACCUUCUCUUGCGGAGACUGAAGAGGUCCAGUUGCCUUAGUCUCUCUUCAUAGGGCUUGGCCUGCAAGUCCUUAACCAUAUGAGUGGCCCUUCUCUGGACCCUCUCCAGGUUAUCCACAUCUCUCUUGAAGUGCGGCGCCCAAAACCGCACGCAGUAUUCCAACCGCGGUCUGACCAGCGCCCGAUAGAGGGGAAGUAUCACCUCCUUGUAUCUGUUUGUCAUGCAUCUGCUGAUGCACGAUAAAGUGCCAUUAGCUUUUCUGAUGGCUUUGUCACACUGCCAACUCAUGUUCAUCUUGGAGACCACUAGGACUCCAAGAUCCCUUUCCGCUUCCGUGUCACCAAGCAGGUCAUUACCUAGGCUGUAGGUGUGCUGGACAUUUUUCCUCCCUAGGUACAGCAUUUUGCAUUUCUCCUUGUUGAAUUGCAUUCUGUUGUUUUCUGCCCAUAUGUCCAACCUGUCCAGGUCUGCUUGUAGUUGUUCCCUGCCCUCCGGCGUGUCCACUUCUCCCCACAGUUUUGUGUCAUCCGCAAACUUGGACGAGGGAGUGAAGUGUACUCUCCAAGUCGCUGAUGAAGAUAUUGAAGAGUAUCGGUCCAAGGACCGAGCCCUGCGGGACCCCACUGCCCACACCCUUCCAGGUCGAUACCGACACAUCCACUACGACUCUGGUUGCGACCCUCUAGCCAAUUCACCACCCACCGGACUGUGUAGUCAUCCAAGUCACAGCCUCUUAACUUGUUUACCAGUAUGGUGUGGGAUACCAUAUCGAAGGCCUUCCUGAAGUCUAAGUAUACAACAUCAACCCCUACUCCUGCAUCCAGGCGUUUUGUAACCUGGUCAUAAAAAGAGACUAGAUUAGUCAGACAUGAUCUACCUGCUACAAACCCGUGCUGGUUUCCCCUCAGCAUAAUUUGUCCUGCUGGGCUCUCGCAAAUGUGAGCCUUGAUAAUUUUUUCAAAGACUUUGCCUAGGAUGGAGGUGAGACUGACUGGUCUAUAGUUGCCUGGGUCCUCCUUCCUCCCCUUCUUGAAAAUGGGGACCACAUUGGCCCUUUUCCAGUCCUCCAGGACCUGGCCCGUGUGCCAUGACUGCUCAAAUAUUACCGCCAGUGGUUGCGCAAUGACGUCAGCCAGUGCCUUGAGUACCCUCGGAUGGAGCUCAUCCAGGCCUGCCGACUUAAAGGCAUCCAGUUCCUCCAAGUGACCCUGCACCAUCUCAGGGUCUACGCUUGGUAGUCUGGUGCCUUGCUGCUACCUCUCUACAAUCCCAGUGAGAGACUUGUCCUGCCCCUCACUUAGGAACACUGAGGCAAAGAACUCAUUGAGGAGUUCAGCCUUGUCCCCCCUGUCCGUCACCAAUUGCUUCUGCCCAUUUAGUAGGGGUCCUAUUCCACCCUGGGCCUUCCUUUUGCUCCCUACAUAUCUAAAAAAACAAUUUUUUGUUAUCCUUUACUUGGGAUGCCAUCCUCAGCUCCAUGGUAGCUACAGUUGCUCAGUACUAAGUUUUUCCAGAAAGUCUCUGCAACUACUGUUUCUCCUUAGCCGGGGGAUCUAACGGUGCAGGUCACAAAAUCCUUGGACACAGGUGUCACAGUGCACGUAGUCUUUCUGGACUUUAGGAAGGCCUUCAACACUGUCUCUCACCUCAUUAAAAAAUUAGGCAACAGUGGUGUCGACGCCUACACAGUAAGAUGGGUCACAAAUUGGCUGGAGGGCCGCACCCAGAGAGUGGUGGUGGAUGGGUCAUUUUCGACCUGGAGGGAUGUGGGCAGUGGGGUCCACCAGGGCUCGGUCCUCGGGCCCACAGUGUUCAACAUCUUCAUCGGCAACUGGGACAAGGGAGUGAAAAGCUCCUUGUUCAAAUUUGCGGAUGACACUAAGAUGUGAGGAGAAGUUGGCAUGCUAGAAGGGAGGGACAGGCUACAACUAGACCUGGAUAGGUUACAAGGGUGGGCGGAUGAGAAUAGUGUCAUAUUGAAUGAAAUAGUUUGAAUGUUUGUAAUAGUUGCCCAUUAGCCAUUUUAGGAAGAAGACAAGAUUCAUCUUUUUAUCUAGGCCAUUGUUUUGGUCUACGUGCGGAAGGUCUUGACUUUGCUCAAAGUCUUAACUCUUGAAUUUUAUCUUUAGAGGCCUUUAACAAAGUUAACAUAAAAAUGACCCUUAAGCAAAAAUCCCACAUUCCAAGAGAUCAAACCCUAGGGCCUUUGACAAGAUUGGAAAUAAAAGUUAGUUCAGUGAUAUGGAAAUUCCCCAAAGUAAUUAAAUGAUCAACAAAGAAACAACCCAGCAAAAAUCUGUUGAGUAAGAUCUGAGCCCAAAUUUGGGAGUAGUGACAGGUUUGGGUAGGAGGGGCCCAAGACGGCAACUCACUCAAUAAGAACGGUAACCUACUGUCCCAAUUUGGAGGUAACCUCACUUGCAGAACAACAAAGGAAGAAUCGCAAGUGUAGGCCGGAUCAGACUGAUCACCUGAACCACCCUCUCCAUGAACACGAAUCUCUUAGUUCACGCUGAAGCCGCGGAGCGCCCGAAAGGGACUGAAGGAAGGGGACUUAGUCCUAUCAGUAUUUAGGCCAGCCCAUUGAACUGUACUGCUGAGGUGAGCCCACUCAUUAAAUUGUACUACUGAGGAAUGAAACCGUAUUUAGGUGUUUGGCUUCUCGGGAUUCUAGGAUUGUAAGUAUAUUAUGAAAAUAAUAGUAUUGAUUCAAAUUUAACUUUUAGUUGUAAUUGUAAUUGUUUGGGAAAGAAGUGCAUUUGGAGCAUUGUUUCUAAUAUAUGUAGUUAUUGUGUUCUUAAUGUUUGUGGUAUUUCUUAAGGCUAAACAGUGUUAUAUGAGUAGCAAAGAAUUUUAAAAUAAAAUUGUGUUGUAUGAA